AUUGCUAGUUGACUAGACAGACACAGCAGCCAUUUUGUAGUACAGACGGAUUGAAAGAAAGUUGUUUUGUUUUCCGGUGAAGUAUUAUACGUUUAUUAUUAUUGGUGUCAAAAGCUUAUAUUGAAUUUCAGAAACUUAAAAGUUUAGUAAAAUAACAGUGUUUUAUCUUCUUUGCGCUACGAGUUGUUACUUAUGAGAUACAUUUUGUUGAAUUUGUUCAGUUCACACCGUUGACCGAUAUGGCCCCCAGGAAGGCUGUGUUGGUUGUACCGGAGCCCCCCAAGAAGAGGAUUGCACCCAAUGGUGUGCGCCUGCCUGAUCCCAUCAUCGAGGGAGAGUUGUUGACUGACACCGCGCAAAAAACCUGGAAACUAGGACGUUCCAUUGGACUCGGUGGCUUUGGAGAGAUUUACUUAGCCUCUGAUGAAAUAAACAAGACAGUCAAAGAUGAUGCCAAAUAUGUCAUUAAAGUUGAACGCCAUUCCAAUGGGCCUUUAUUUGUAGAGAAGAAUUUCUAUAUAAGGACUGCACAGAUGGACAUGAUAAACGAGUGGGUUGCGAGACGUCACAUGAAAGCACUGGGGAUGCCGUAUUAUCUGGGCACUGGCUCGCAUCACUAUGGAGGAGAGAAGUACCGUUUCCUUGUCUUACCCAGGUUUGGUAUUGACAUUGAAAAAGUAUUCAUCCGCCAUGGCAGAAGAUUUCACAUCAAGACUGCUUUCACGCUGGCUUCCUACAUUAUUGACGCCCUAGAGUACAUCCACUGUCAUGAGUACAUUCAUGCCGACAUCAAGGGGUCCAACCUGCUACUGGGGUUGGACACGCAGGCACCUGUCUACCUGCUGGACUACGGGCUGGCCACACGUUACCUGUACCGUGAUGGAAGGCACAAGGAGUACCGCCAUGAUGAACGACGUGCUCACGAUGGCACGCUCGAGUUCACCUCACGUGAUGCACAUAUUGGUGUGCACUCAAGGAGAGGUGACUUGGAGAUCCUGGGGUACAACCUGGUCCAGUGGCUGUGUGGCCGGCUGCCCUGGGAGGGCAACUCUGACCCUGAGCAGGUCAAGGACAGCAAGACUCAGGCCAUGCAUAACAUACCCUCCUUCCUCAACAACUGUUUCAAACCUUCCCAGCCUCCAGCUGCUCUGCACCAUUAUCUACGCUAUGUGGCUAACCUGGGAUUUGAGACUCAGCCAGACUACAAGUACUGCAAGAGGCUGUUUAGGGAGGGGAUCAGGGAGAGUGGCUUCCAAGAUGAUGGAAAACUCACAUUCUAUUCGCAUGCCAAGAUGUCUGGCAAUAGAAAAAGAAAACCUGACUAUGAGCCAGAAAACAAAGGAGUUUGUGUCAAGAAAAAAUGUGUACGUCCUACUAGAGAGCCUUGUGUUAUCAAAAACUUAAACAGGAUGACGCGUAAUGCUGCCAAUACGCUUCCAAUGUUGAGGUCGAAGAAUGAGUUCAAUUGGGCUAUAGUUUUGGCUGGAGAUCCUGAGAAAAUGCUGAAGAAGAAUUAUAGAGCCAAUAACCAACAAAACACAUCUCCAGUCCACAAAGCUCAAAGCCCAGAUAGAGGAGAGACUUCAGAAAACAGUGAUCCAUUGGACAAUCCAACACCCGCGAUGCUGCAGGUCAUAUCGCGCAUGAAGGAUCGCACAAGAGAGUCUGCUCCCUCGUCUGGCAAACGGGCCAAGAGUGAGAGCCGUUGUCCCAGCCCCUUGGAACCUCAAUACUACACUCCUGCCAUGGAGGAGAUCUUGCAGCGUAGAGAAAAGGAGACCCGGGAUAUGGGAGCACGUGCUGCGAGAGUCAGUAGACGGAACUCAGCUCGUGCUACGAUGAUCUCGACUGCGUAUCAGAAGAAAAUCUCACCCUCCCACAUAGGAAUAAAGCAGUCCAGUCGCCACGCAGCGCUGAACAACAAAGGUUGACUCAUGUAUUAGUGACAUUGUAAAUAUGUAAAUAUGUCAGAACUUACUGAGGGCAGGAUAUCUGACUUUCUCUUACAAAUUAUCACAUCAGAUCAAUAAUUACAGUCCAGACGUUUUAAACACAAAAUAUUUAGUGUUCACUUAUCUUCUAUCUAUUUCAAAGUCUGUGGAAUUUUAGUGUGAAUUGAUUUACUAAAUAAAAAUGUUAAUAAUUUAUUGGCUGAAUAUGACUUCUAUUGCUGUAAAUUACAAACAAAUUAGAUAAACCAAGCUUGAGCAAUUAAAACUCGUGUUCGGUUAUAAACGUUUUUACAUAAUACUUUUAGUACAAAUAUAUCUUUGAUUGAUUUCAAAAAGUAGUUUAUAAGUACAUUACAAAGUGAAUUAGUUACAUGUAAUUGGUCGUGGACUUAAAAUAUAAAUCAUUCACUAUAUUAUAUAAUAUUAAAAUGUUUAUUUAGACUAUGCCAUCACUACUUAAUUUUAAUGUUGCAUAAUUAUAAAGCAUAAAUAUUCAUUUUCAAAGGGACUGGACUGAUAAAGUGAGUUUGUUGAAAGUAAAUGUGAAUACAGUAAGACUGAAGUUAUUUGUAACAUAAAGACAUUAUUUUCUACUUUUCCUAUUACUUUGUAAGUAUGUGUACAGUUAGUUAAAUUUGUUUUUGUUUUGUUCUUGAUUAAAAAUAACUUAUCACUGUUUGUGUUUGUAUCAGUUCAGCUUUAACCAUGCUAUCAAAGCAAAUGUGUAAGCUUUACUAUAGUACAUAAUCAUAAAGUAUAAAUUUUUUUCUAAUGAUAAAUUAUUUUAUUGUUUUGUUUUAUUAGGUUUAAUUGUUAUUAUAGUUUUUAUCGCAAAGCCAAACUAUAUUCUACUAACAGUUAAGCUAGUGAAUUAUGAAAAAAAUUGUAGUGAUUUAUAAAAGUAUUCUAGGUAGUGUAAGUUUUAAUAUUUUUGAAUUAGUUACUUUUCUCCCGGUGUUUUACUUUCAUUAAGAAAUUGUAAUUAUCUUAAAAAGUGAUCUCUUAAAAAUGAGGUCACAAUCUCUUAACAGGGUGACCACUCCAAAUUUGUAUUAAUUUCUCGUACAGUAAUUACGAGAACAAAUCGCAAUCAGAAAUGUGAACGUCCAAGUUUCAAAUGUUGUAAUAAAAAAUACAAUGUACUUAUGGAAUGUUUUAUGGCAUAAUGUGAAACCUUGGAUCUUUAUCUUUAAAUUUACAUAUGUUUUAUUUCAAACAAAUUAAAAAUAAACUUGUUGUGAGGGAUAAUAUUACAACAUAGUUAAUCCAUUGAAAAUAGAUUAGUGUAAUUUUAAAAGUAGUUAAUGCACCAAUAAUCGUUUAAAGCCAGUUGCAGGAUUAUGCAUCCGAAACAAUAUAUUGAAUUGUUCUCACAAUAUCAUUCUAGGAGUAACUUUGUUAGGUAACCAUAGGACUCUGGUAACAAAAUGUGAUUAUUGUAUUUGUGAGAAAAAACUUUAAUUAAAAUGAUGCAGAAGUAUUGGUAUUUGUUUUCAACUCCAAUAAUGGUAUAAUAACACAACCAUUAACUGUGGGGUUAAGGCCACAGAACAUGUUGAUGCUUUUUAUUUGUACAUGCAUUUUAUAUAAAUGACAUUUUCUGUAUUCGAUUUGAAAUAACCACAUCAUCUCAUUAACACAACCAUACAAAAGAACAGUCCUUUAUAUAUAACCUCAACCUUCUUCUGACUGGAAUUGAGGCUACCUUCUUCUUCGGAGGCUACAAUUUUAGUUAUUGCUGAAGUACUUUGGUCUAAAUUACUCUACUGACCGAUAUGUCAGCCUCAGAUUCAAAUUUCCUUUUAUAAGUUCUGUGGGAGAAAAAAUAUUUAGAUUUUUUCCCGGUUUUACGAGAUUUGCGGCUCAUUCCUGGAUGAGUGGCCACCCUUUUAAGGUAAACAAAAUGUUGGCUUUAAGCUUCCUACUUUGUAAUUUGUUUGUACAAUCAAACCGAUGAAAGUUUUUGUUUUUGUGAUUUUUAUUCUAAAUAAGAUAAAUUUAAGUGCUUAUGACUUAACCCAUCUAUUUAUGUUGGUGGCAGGAACUUUAAAUGUGUAUACUUUUGACAGAGAACAUGAAUUGUUGUUCAUAGAUUAUGUUCCGACAUACUGAUGUCCUACAUUUCUAAGUUGAUUAUUAGUUGUUGUCAGUUUGUCUGUAUAAAUUGUUUAUUUUCGAAAAGAAAAAUGUUGAUCUUUUGAAAAUAUUAUGAAACCAUUGGUAUAUUGACGAAUAUUGGGAAGGCUUAGAUAAGCAUUUGGAUCAUCUUCCCAUCUGUGAUAAAGACCCUCAUUGGUUUGGACUUAUUUCGACAUAAAAUCAUUCAUAGGUUGUACUGAGAUUGGUAUCGAAAAAUUCACAAACUUAACUGAUGUUAUCGUUUAUUUUUAAUUUAAUUAUUAAUUAAUCUUUGUAAGUUGAGAGAAUUGGUGAACAUUGAUUUGUAUCCAAAUUUGAAUUAGCCCGAAUUGCAUUACUGAUGCUUUAGGGAUCAUUCAACUGUGCAUGAUUAGUGGUAGUAAGGAAGCUUCUCAUGCCUAGUCGUUAUUUAUUCGCUAAUAUUGAUGUCACAACACUAUGUAAAAGGUUAUUCAUUAAGAGUAAUUUGUUACUCAAAAGCUUUACUUUUGUUGUUGUCAAAAUCUUCUUAGUCUGUUUUGAAACUGCCAAAAAUAAGACUGGUAGCUAAAUAUUUGCUUUCAGAAAGAUUUUAUGGUUUCUAGAUGUUUCUAAAGUUUUGCCUUGGUGCACUCUUUCAGGUAACAAUGUUUUAAAGAUGGUUUCAAUGAGUAAGUAUCUAUUUCAGUAAAUAUUCACCAAGUACAUAUUGUGGAUAAGUAUAUUCAAAAUUCAACAAGUACUGCAUUAUCCACUUUGUAUGUAAAUUUCUCACAGUAAAAUGAAUUAUUUUAGUUUGAAACUAAAUACAUUAGUCUAUUUGGAAUAACCUUUUGAGAUCUAGAUAUUAUUUUGGGUUGUGUAAAAUUUUGUGAAAUAGAAAUUGCUUGUGUUCAGAAAAAUGUUAGUUUUCAUGAGAGACGGAUAACUUGUUCACCAAUUGGAGAACAAUAAUUCCCAUUUUAGUAAACAAUUAACCCUUAGAGCAAUGUGCUAAAAUUGGCUUAUUUCCCUUAGCUCUCAUUUAUUGAAAGCCAAAGUUAACUUUUGUGAACACCUUAUUUUUGAUAUACUUGUAACCUUUAUGAAAAGUUAAAAAAAGCAUAACUUUUUUGUAAACUUUCUGGGCCAGAACGGCUAUAUUUUGUUUUAUUGUUAAAACAUUUGUUUGCGCUUUAUUUGUUUUCUGCGCCUUUGCUGUAUGAAAAGUAGAAAGAAGCAAAACAAAUGUUUCAUUUAAUCAGUUUUACUACAAAUAUAGUAAUAUAUAGAACAUAAAUAUAUAAAAUCAAAUAGAUUGUUUACAAGUGAAGCACACAGUGGUUUGCAAAUAUGCUUGAACAACUGAAAAUGUCUUUGCUGCUAUACAAAGUCUAUUUACCUACUAAGGCGAAACAGUCUAGAAACUUGCAUUUUUUAAAUAGGUUUUAAAAAUCAGGUUUUAGUAUCAAAAUAUUACAAAACUAUUUAGUGAAUAAACACCCAUACACAAUUUUGUAUUUUCUCCUGAUAAUUGGCUUGUAGAUUGUAAGCUCAAUUCUCAACUUACAUAGAUACUUUGUAUACCAAGUACUAUUAGAAAUUUUCCGAGAAAACAAGAUUGUGCUGUCAAGGAAUUUGCAUUAAUUAGGUACAAUUUUAUUUAAAAAUGAAUUUUACAGCACAAGAUUAAAGAAGCAAAUUCCAAUACAACAACAAACGAAAUUAGAUUUUAACUGUUUCUUAAAGCAAUUUAUUUUACAUAAACACUGUUGCUUGAGUGCUGAAUUAGCUACUCGUAAUUUUUGUCAAUUGUUUGGAAACCUGAAUUACCAUUUACGUGGGCAAAAGUAUAUAUAUAAGUAUAAUUAAUUGUAAAAGCUUGUAUAAAAACUUGUGUGUAUAUAUUGCAUCAUUCACGAGAAAAUGAAAUGUGAAACAUGAGCCUGAAGAUAGCUCGAAAAGUAGGCUGUGUUUGACACACAAUUGAUGUAUCUAGAAUGUAUUUAAGAAACUCUUGAUCAACGCUUUAUUUUUUGUUAAACUAUUGACUUUAGUUUAUAAAAUAAAGAAAUCUUAACAACUCAAAA